AUGCCUUUGGACGCUAACCAUCCCGAUUUCUGGACAGAGGCACUGCAGUUCACGCCUACAAUCCGUCGAGAUGUAUACCCCGCCAUCAGCCCAUCAAAUAAAGACAUCCAGCAAAUUGCACACGGAAAAGUAGUGUUAAUCACCGGAGCAGGCAGCGGAUUCGGUAAGGGCGCAGCAAAGCAAUGGGCAGCGGCAACUGCAUCCGCUAUAGUGCUCGCAGCGAGAACUCAACAGAGCAUCGAUGAAGUUGCCGAAAGCCUGAAAACCACUGGUUCAACUACGCAAUUCUUACCAAUUUCAACAGACGUCUCUUCUGAAACUGAUGUCCGCAAUCUAUUCCAAAUAGCGAUCCAGGCUUUUGGAAAGAUAGACGUCGUUGUCCACUGUGCUGGAGUACUCGGGCCUCUUGAACUAAUUGGCGAUGCUCCUGUCGAUGAGUGGUGGCAAUCCUUCGAGAUCAACGUCAAGGGAACUUUCCUAGUUGCACGCGAACUUGCGCGCAUAUCAGCCAACAACGAAGCGACAUUCAUCCAAACCGGCACUGCAGCGUCUUAUUUUGCGAGUCCGCAGCAGUCUUCAUAUACAGCGUCGAAGCUCGCGACCAACAUGAUUCUCAGUCAGCUACAUGAGGAAUACAGCAAUCUGCGAGUCUUUAAUGUGCAUCCGGGAAUGGCGCUGAGCAAAGUGCUGCGUCCCGAAUUACAUAUUUAUGCAAAAGAUACCGUCGAGCUUUUCGGCAGUCUUACGAUUUAUCUCAGCGGGCCAAAAGCGGAUUUCUUAAAGAACCGCUUUAUUGCUGCGAACUGGGAUGUCACUGACUUGGAGAAGCAUCAAGAUGAAAUAAUUGCUGAGGGACUACUCAAAAACCAGGCGUUUAAGGGCGACAUAGGACCAGGAGGCCACAAGUUCAAAUCAUAG